CCGAUGUCCAGCGCAGGAACCACGCGACCAAAAGAAAUCAUCACCUCUUCGGCUCAUCUCCGUUCUACGUGAAGCAUCGAAGAGUAAGGCGGCGUUUAGUUGAGAAUGGCACAGAAUAAGGCAUCUUUAAAUUCUCCCUCGCCACCCUUCAGUAGUUAUUAGUUCGGUCCAACAGAAUUUCUCUCUUGCUCCAUCUGAAGGAGAGCAGAAACCCAUUAAGGAGCCCUCAAAUCAAGAACUAAAACCCAUUCCCUUGUGAGAUCAAGUUCAGGGAAUCUCUAAACUCUAGAUUGGAAGUUGGGUUUCUGGAAAUAAUGGCGAAUUCGAGAAGUGAUAGAGACGAAGAUCGUCUUCGCCUCUACAACCCUUACCAGGAUCUGCAGCUACCGGUCCAAACCCUAUAUAAGCUCCCGACAUCCCCUGAGUUUCUUUUCCAAGAAGAGUCAAUCGUGCAGCGCCGAUCUUGGGGAGAGAAUCUUACCUACUACACAGGCUGUGGUUAUCUCGCCGGAGCUAUCACUGGUGCUGGCAAAGGCCUUGUCGAUGGCGUCAAGGCUUUCGAAGAGGGUGACACCUUGAAACUCCGCAUCAAUCGGAUCCUCAAUUCCUCCGGCCAUACCGGUCGCCAGUUCGGUAACCGUGCUGGCGUUAUUGGGUUGUUGUACGCUGGGCUGGAGAGCAGUAUCGUUGCCGUUAGAGGUAGUGACGAUGUCCUUAACAGUGUCUUGGCCGGACUUGGUACCGGAGCUCUGUAUAAGGCGGCUUCGGGGCCAAGGUCUGCCGCAGUUGCUGGCGCAAUUGGAGGGCUGAUGGUGGGAGCUGUGGUUACUGGGAAGCAGGUUUUGAAGAGAUACGUGCCCAUCUAGGGUUUGCCUCCUCCGUGGAUAUCUUCUUAGGAAAUGCCAACUCAUUAGAAAAUCUCAACAAUAAAAGUGGCUGGAGGAGUUUUGAGCCACACAGUACACACAGCUGGAUCCUCUAAAUGAUGCAAUGGCCACUUUUUGGCAAUAUUUGUCAGCCCUUUUUGCUUAAUUAAUAGUUAUUGUUUUGAUUUUGGUUUUUAGACGAUUGAUGUUUAGAUAAGGAAGGAUUAUGAAAUAAGUGCCAUUAAGUUGGGUUGAAAAAUAAUUUUCUGGGUUUCCCCUUUCUUUUUGGUAGUAAUAUUUCUAGAACUUUGGGGGAAAAAAACAAAAAAAAUUCUAUAAAAGAAAUUGGAGAUGGAAUUUAAAGGUGUUUCAACUUGAA